AUGAAUACUUUACAUGAGACUACCAACGUUUCUUCCAGUAGUCCGGAUAUGGAUGCCAGCAUGAAUGGUAAUAAUACCAAUGGGACAGUGAGUAAAUCUAAAACAGCAUUGAAAAAGGAAGAGUUGGAUAAGAUAGCUAAAGAAUUGAAGAAGAAACUUCUGAGAGCUACAAUUACUGCAAAGCAAUUAUCUCCUUCAAAUUUAAGAACAAUACCUGUUACCACAAACACCAAUGCUAGUGCCGACCCAGGAACUAACGGUAUUCACAAGAUUAAUGCAUCUCCUUUCAAAAACCCUAUAAUUAGAAAGUCGUAUAGCUCAUCUGGCAGCCUGAAUAAUACUAUAAUUAAUGAAUCUCCUGUUGCUACUAGAUCAACCAUACAAAGACAUGAAUCAACGUCUAAUCUUGUGGGUGCCAAUGGAUCUAUAUUCCUCAGUUCUUCUCCUUCACAAUUGAUAUCUCCUGAUGGGAAAUCUCCGACUCAUAUAAAGGCACCAGGAAUAAAUUUGGGCUCUUCGCCUUUGAAGAAGGUUACUGGUAAAUAUAAUACCAAUGAAAGUCCCACCAAGAAGAAGGGGAAACAAGCUAAUAAUCCUCAAAUGAUCCUUCAACAAGUACAACCUCCUAUUUCACCUCCUAAAUUUGGAAUUACUACAGCAUUGGUUCCUCCUUCAUCUGAAAGUCGAACUGCUAGGAUGUCUUUGAACCCCCCUACAUCUCCUCCACUGUCAGCUCACAGCCUGAGGACUUUGAUGGUGCCUACAACUCCUACAUUAUCAAAAGACACUCUUACUUCUCAAGGUAACCCUUCAAUUUCAGCAGGUGGUGCAUCUUCAAGAAACAACGCACUUUUGAGAACACCUACCCAAGGACGUCAUCCAUCCAACAACAAUGCCUAUAAUGAUGAUGAAGGUGCUGACUUAUUAAUGUACCUAGCUACAUCACCUUCUCCAGCAAAGCCAUUCAUGCAACCCAAUACUCCUAGGGCGACUAUGGUAGGAGGAAAUUCUUCUUCCAAUGCAUUGAAGGGUAAUGGACAACACCAAUUAUCAAAUUCUGGAGCCAACACGUUUUUAGCACCUCCUCCACUUACUCCAAAAAGACAUAUAGGAUUUUCCAAUGGGUUAAAUGCUCGAACUCCUCAGAAUAGGAUGACACCUGCAAUAAAUUUGCUUCUGAACAUCAACAUUCCCCCCAGUGGAGUUACAUCAACACCUGCAGGGUUUAAUAUGAACGAUUAUGUCAAUUUUCUAACCCCAUCUCCUGGAGUUAGUUUAAGUAGUCGAAUGAAUCCUGCCAAAACCCCUGACUUCAACUCUCUUUUAGGAGCAACUUCAACUCUUUCAAAGAAAAUUGGUGGUAGUCUUGCAAAUAAAGGUACUGGAUCUCGUUUAAGUGGAGAACAUUUGCAUUCAGAAAAAGGAUCAAUAGUUGAAGAAGAAGACGAGCAUGGUGAAACUGAACCAGUGGACGGUAAAAUGAUCAAUUUUGAUAAAGUACUUUUUGAUUCUGUCGAAUACGCUAUACAGCCUCGUCCUCAAAAGGUGGGUUUAGCAUUAAACCUUAUUAAAUUCGAAGUUGAACUUCAUAAAGCAAUGGAAGACGUUUCUGGUACCACCUUUAUAGUUGAAGAUCCCGAAGCUGCCAAAACCAUAACUUCUGAUGUAAAAAUUAGAAGUCGUUCUAUUACACUCGACGGUGAUAUCUAUGAUCCUGAACGUUAUUUAUGUGGUGGUCCCGGAAAGAAUUCGACGGCUAUUUGGUCAUGA